AGAAGAGCGACUAAGCAUCGGCGUAGCGCGUGCCUCGUUGUCCGCGCGCGUUCAGGCUUCACCAGAAGAAGAACAGGCUUUCUCAGGAACGGCUGCAGUUCACCGGUGCGAUAAACUCGUAUAGUCGUCGGAGCAUGGAUCAAACGCAACCGCCCCAGUCCAUGUCACCGCCGCAACUCGACGCAAAUCAACCACAGCCAGAUGGACAACAGCCGCAGCCAGCUGAAGAGGUCCAGGUGCAGCCGGGAGAACAGGCGCCACCGCAGCCGAGAGGGGAGCUCGUGCCGGAUGGCUGCCACAGCUGGCAGGUGGCGCUCGCAGCGGCGUGGAACGUCUUCUGCUGCUCCCUGCUGCGUCGCGCCAUGCCGGUGAUGUUCCUCGCGGUGGGCGACGCGUUCGCCACCACCUCCAAAGGCGCGGUCGCCUGGAUGAACGCCUUCAUCUACAGCCUUGCAUACACGCUGUCGCCCAUUGUGACCGUUCAGUGCCGGACCAUGCCGCUGAAGGUUCUGUCCAUCGGAGGCGCCCUGUUGGUCGGCGUGGGCCAAGCAGUGUGCUUCUUCCUCGGCAGCCUUGCCCUUCUGGUGCCAGUGAUAGGACUGUGCUGCGGCCUUGGCGCCGCGGUGUCGAUGGUCGUCAACGAGACGGUGAUUCACCUCCACUUCGAGGCGGAGCGUCGCAAGGCGCUGUCCAUCUACCGGGCGGCCUUCUCGCUGUCGGCCAUCGCGUACCCCUCGGUGCUCGGGAAUCUCGUGAGCGAGUACGGACUGGACGGCGCGUUGCUCGUGACCGGCGCCAUAUCGCUCAACGCCCUGGCCGGCUCCCUCCUCAUGGCCAGGCCUCCGUGGAUGUCUCCGAGCGACCCCGUGCCAUCGAUACACCGGCCAAAGAACGCGGCUGCCCAGCCUGCGGCCGAAUUAGAGCAGGGCACCAAGGCAGACGCCUCCGAGAAGCCGGGUGCAUCCAAGAUGCCGGUGGGGGUCGAAAACCAGUCGACCGCGAUGAAUCCCGGACUGGUUUCGGGCGGCGUCUCGGGAGCAACGUCGGUUGAUCCCGGCACGAUGGGUACCACCGGAGGUGACGGCACGGUGGCCACCUCGGCAGCCCAGGCCGACGGAGAGAAGCCCACCGUGGUGCCCGAAGGCCAAGCCAACGCCGAUCAGCAGCCCGAGGGGGCCGCAGCGAAGCUGCCUAAGCUGGCGCCGCCCACCGGAGUCAGGGGGGCUGCUCUGGACAGCGCGGUGGGCAAAACCCUGGCUGCACACGGCGCGCUCACGUCGCUGUCGGUCACGGCCGGCGUGCUCAUCUACGACUACGCCAUGGAGGGGGACCCGGCGCGCUCUUUUCCGGCCACCCUAGCGCUGCUCUCGUACGGCGCUGGCGACCUGGUCGGGCGCAUGGGUUACGAGGUACUUCUUGACGCCGGCGAGCACCGGAAGGUGAUGGCGGUGCAGGCGUUCCUGCAGGGCGGUGUCCUCUUUCUCAUGGCGAUGACCAACGAGGUGUUCCUGGUGGCCCCGGUCGGCUUCGGACUGGGCUGCAUCAGCAGCGCGCUGGACCUGCUACCCGUGCCGGUGCUGCAGCGCUACAUCGAACCGGACGCCGUGGAACGCCAGCUGGGAAUAUGCCGGGCCGCCUCGGGCAUCGGAUGCCUGCUCGGACCGGUGUUUGUCAUGGUGUUCCUGGACGGCGAGACGCAGAACUACGCGAUCGUCUUCAUCUUGUCCGGGCUCUUCUCAAUUAUUGCCGGCACCCUCUGGCUCCCUGGUAUCAAGAAGGAUAUGGACGAGGCCAGAGGCAGGAUGCCCUUCCCGCCGUCUGAAUACCCAAGAAAUCCACCAGCAGUUGAACCAGCAGCAGCUGAACCAGGCGCUGCUGAACCAGGAGCGGCCGAACUAUCGCCGCCGCUGCCCGGAGCACUCGAACCGGCCGCGGGCGAACCGGUUCCGGGAUGACCUGGUGCAGCACCCGACGCGGCAGAUCUCGGCGCUCAAAUGCCAGCUGCGGAUCCGACCCUGGCUUAGGAUGCGGCUCGACUCGCACCUGCUCGCCAGCGGCCCUUUUCUUUAGUUUUCUUUUUUUAUCAAUACGCGCACCGACGUAAACUCCUCGUGCGCCUGCGCAGUGGGGUGCGUAAAUAUAGGAUACACGACUUGACGUACCCGUGACAAACACCCCCAAGGUUAUGAUCAUGGCUACUUAGUUUUAUUUAUUUGUAACGUUGUAAGCCUCCUCGCCUAUACUGCUUUCUUUUUUUUGUUUGGUCCUUUUCGUGGAACGAACACGGACUUAACAUCGCCGAUGGGCCUACCUGAUUUGGUUCGUGAAUAUGAAAUGACUGGCUAUGCGUUGCCCUGACAACUACCGACGUAUGCUACGCCGAAAAAUGUAUUUUCGGAAGUAAAACAUGCUGUCCUGUCGUUUUAUUUCCAACGAUGUGUCAGGACGCGGAAUAAAGUAAAAGUGUGGGCCAACUAGCCCAGCAAGGAA